AUGUCGACGCUUUUCUCGGCUCUCCUUCGCCCGACCCGCCCGCCACUGCCCAGGGGCCUCCACCACAGAAACCCCUCAGCCUUCCCACUGUGGAGCGCUCGAAGCCCCACUGCAUGCUCUGCAUGCAGCGCAUGCACAGCUGGCUCGGCCUUGAGGCAGAGGCUGCAUGUUCUUGGUCAAGCAAAGCCCUCCAGCAGCAGCAGCAGCAGCAGCAGCAGCAGCAGCGGCCACAGUAGCCGCAGCAGCAGCCACUGCCUCCCACACAGCAUCAGUAGGCGCUGCUGCGGCAGCAGCGCCUCCAACAUCCACCCCACGAGCAGCAGCAGCAGCAGCAGCAGCAGCAGCAGCAGCAGCAGCAGCAGCAGCAGCAUAAUCCACAUCCGCGCGUUCUCCACUUCAUCAGGUACCCUCUACACCCCCAGCCACGAAUACCUCAGAUUUGUCUCCCCUGAAGGCUGCGAGGCUGCUGCAGGCAUUUCAGAGUUUGCUGCAGAACAGCUGGGGGAGGUUGUUUACAUAGAGGCCCUCGUGGCACCGGGGGCCCCCCCCGGGGGCCCCUCUGGGGGCCCCCCCGGGGGCCCCCCGGGGGGCCCCCCCGGGGGCGCCCCUGGGGGGCUCCCUGGGGCCUCCCUCCCGGGGGGCCCCCCCGGGGGCCCCCUAGAGGGUCCUGAGGGAGAUACUGGAAACAGACCCCACGGUGAUCCCCAGGGGGCCCCCUGGGGGGCCCCGAAGGAGGGGCCCCCGGGGGCCCCUGAGGGAAGUCCCCGGGGCCCCUCGUGGGUUGAAAGGGGGGCCCCUGUAUGUACACUGGAAGCAGUGAAGGCUGUUGCUGAGGUGUAUGCUCCUGCUGCUGGGCACAUUAUAGAGUUUAAUGAAAAAAUAAAAAGAGACCCUGGACUCAUUAAUAGGGACCCUGAGGGAGAAGGCUGGAUCUUCAAGAUUGCUGUAGACCCGCCCGCCGCUGCUGCUGCUGCUGCUGCUGCUGCGGAACCUGCAGCAGCAGCAGCAGCAGCAGCAGCAGCAGCAGCAGCAGCAGCACAAGAAGCAGCUAGAGAUUCUCUUCUCUCCGCAGCGGCCUAUGCAGCUCAUGUAAACAAAGAGACACUGGUAGAGGUCGAGGGCUAA